AUGCAGCAGGGAACGCAGGACGGCCUUGUGUGGCAACAGUCGGCUCUGUAUCUAGAGCCAGUAUGGACACGAGAGCCUUCCAUAGGCGACAUUGAGAACGUGUCCCGCCAACAGCUCAAGAUACCAUCAGGCAAUCCCUGUACUGUCAUAUUCCAUGCAGCAGGUCUCUUCAAUAAGGUCUACCUCGUCCGUGCUGAGGAAAGUACUUUUGUCAUGCGCGUUACCUUACCUGUCUACCCGCACCAUAAAACACGUGCCGAGGUCGUCACGUUGAAAUGGGUGCGCGAGAACACCACUAUUCCCGUCCCCAAGGUCUUUGCUUUUGACGACAAUAGCGACAACGAGAUCGGCUUUGAAUGGAUCUUAAUGGAGUUUAUGCAGGGAAAAUCCGCACGGAAGCGAUGGCGUACCAUGUCGAUGGAGCAGAAGAUCACCCUCACGAAGCGUUUUGCCACAUUCCAGUUUGAGUUAUCAGGUCUCGAGAAGCAAGAAUCUGCGUUCAAAGGUAUAGGGACAUUGGAUUCUCCUGAAAUUGAUCUACAAGUCAAUUCCAAGGCGCCCGAAGCUGUCAUCACACCCGGACGUAUGGUGUCCCAUGAGUUCUUCAUGGGCGAUCAUCUUACGUACGACGUCCCAAGGGGGCCAUUUCUCUCUACUCAUGACUGGCUAAGUGCCCUAUUGGUAAUAAUCAUACGCCAUCAGAACUUGGUUCUGGAGAAGUCUGAGGACGAAGACGAUAUCGAAGACGCUGAGGAGAUCUUGCCAGUAGCGCAAAGCCUUCUGGCUCUGCUUCCUAAAAUCUUUCCGCCAGAUUUGAGCAGAACAGAGCUAUCAGCUCUCCAUCACCAUGAUCUCAACCUCAACAACAUUCUUGUUGACGAACAAGGAGAACUUACUGCGGUGAUUGAUUGGGAAUGUGUGUCGGCACUCCCUCUCUGGAUGUUGAAGCAAGUGCCCAAAUUCCUUGAUGAUGAGCCUCGCGAGGAUGAGCCGCAGCGCGACAAAUAUGGAAACGAGACAACAGAAGAGGCUGUUGAAGAAGAGGUUAGGUGCAACGACCCAGACUAUCUGGAUAAUGAAGGCAAAAAUGAACUAUACUGGAUUCAUAAGAUGGAAUACGAGACAACGCAGCUACGUAAAGUAUACCACGCCAGAUUAGACGACCUUUGUCCGGCUUGGGUCGAGGAUAAUCACUUGAAAGACGAUUUCUACGAAGCAGUCUCGCAAUGUGAUGGAUUGUGGAAGAAAAGGGUGCACAGGUGGGCGGAAUGUAUCGAGAAGGGCGAGUCUGUGAGGCUCAAGGACGUUUAG